ACCACGAUGGCACGCCCGAUGGGAUCGAUGACGCAUGUGGACCCCCAGCGUAUGCUCAGCUUCACGCGGUCAUGCAGAGACCCUUGCCCGCCCUCCUCGCCUUCUUCCAUGCACUCCUCCUCAUCUCACUCCUCCUCCUCGCACUCAUCUCCGUCCUUUACAUUCUUCUGCGAUCCUCCAAUGUCGGACGAUGCGUACUCUUCGAAAGAAUGUGCGGGGGAUGCUUCACCUUGCGACCGGAAUUCGCAAUCGCUGCCCAGGAUCGUUCUACCUCAGAGUGUAGAGUUCGCCAGUAUGAGAGUCAGCGCCAUGUCCAGUGAACGCUCUUCUGACCCCACGUCCUCUUGUCCCUUGGAUCGAAUUUCGCCCGACGCCUUCAUUGUCACGGCCGACAUUCUUGGCUGGAGCUGGCAAAGGAUAGGAAAACGGCCGACAGCGAUCUUUGAAGUAGAGGUUGUGCUUGUCACACGUCAGCUGGUGGAGAGAUGGAAGAUAAGGCGGAGGUUCAGUCAAUUUGCCACCCUCAACAGGUUCCUAGGUCACCUCAAGAUUUUACUCCGCAGAAAAUCUCAACCGCAAGAUGACGUUCGGACUUGUCAGUUCCCAGUGAAGAAGUGGUUCUUGAACAACAGCAGGCGCUUCCUCGACAGAAGGAUGUGCGAGCUGCAGCUCUAUCUUGACUCUUGUCUGCGACUUCCCUUCUCCUUCGUGCAAGCUGUCUUUGUCUUUCUGGAAGCAGACAUCUACUGUAGGAGAUGCAGGUUCGUAGACUUCCAAGGCCAACACCUGGUGGAUGUCUUCGAAGCGCAGACGAGAAGUGGAAAGGUGAAGGUCCAGCAGCGUAGCCAGCAGCCAGGACAGCGACGCGGCCAGCAGCGCUGUGGGGUCAUCAAAGCAUGUGAGGCCUUGAGGCGAUCGAUCACCAUCUUCCAGGACGUGGGGCUGUUGAACCCACACCUGCCCGUCCAUGGGCGCGUGGAGGCGAAGCGAGGAGAAGGCAAGAAGGCGGCGAGCCGAGCUGAGGGGUUGAACGGCACCUUCUUGUUGUUCGUCGGCCCAGUGGGAUCAUGA